CUCUCUCUCUAUACAUCUCUCUCUCCCUCGUCAACUCUUCGCUAAUUACAUAUCAACCCCUCAAAAACCCCCCAAUCCUAAAACACACCCAAAUCGUCACCAGGGUACUUCCCCUUCUCCAUCGUUUCGGUAGAGUAAGUCCAUUCCCGUUCCGGUCCCUUUUGUCUCAUAAAUUCCUGCAGUUAUAUGGUUUUGCAUUUUCCCCUUUUAUUUGAGCUUCUCGAACCCUAGGGUUUCAUUAAGCAGAGUGAGUGAGAGAGUUGGAGUUGUACCGUAGCUUCUGAUUCAAUGGAGGCUACGGCCGCUGCGCGUGGUAGUUCGAUGCCGAUGCCACCACCGCCCACGCGCAAAGAGUGGCGCGCCGUCUCCGACCAUCAUUCGGCUCGAAACGUCGGGGAUGAGGAGUUGGAACGAUCAAAACUAGGCCAAUCAGAUGAGAGAACAAUAUAUGAGGUGCAGCAGGGGAGAGAGCCGGUUGAUGUGGACUUCUGUUCAAUCACAAUAGAUGGGACUUUAGACCAUGACCAUUUGCAGCAGCGGAUUGAUGAUGUUUCUAGGCAACGAGAGGAACUGCAGCAUAUGGAGAUUGAGCUUAAAGCUCAAAUGAUUGCAACAUCUGAGAUAAUUGAACUACAAAAUAACUUUGAUGCUCAAAUUAAGGACCAUGCUAAUGCUGCCUCCAAGCUUCAGGAGCAACUACAUGAAAGGGAGCAGACCAUACAUGAUCUGGAAAGGGAAAUGGAAGAGAAAGAUACAGAGUUGCAUGCUAUAAAAUUAGAUAAUGAAGCGGCCUGGGCUAAAGAGGACCUUCUUAGAGAACAGAACAAAGAAUUAGCAAAUUUCAGAAGAGAACGUGACCAUUCGGAAGCUGAAAGAGCGCAGCAUAUACAACAAAUACAUGACCUUCAAGAACAUAUUCAAGAAAAAGAUAGGCAGCUUAUUGAGUUACGGGAACAGCAUAGGCUUGCUCAAGAAACCAUUCUCUAUAAGGACGAACAGUUGAGGGAGGCCCAAGCGUGGAUCACUCGUGUUCAGGAAAUGGAUGCCUUGCAGUCAACUACAAUACAAGCUGAAUUGCGGGAACGUACAGAACAAUAUAAUCAGCUCUGGCUUGGUUGUCAAAGACAGUUUGCUGAGAUGGAAAGACUUCAUAUGCAUUCAAUACAACAGCUUCAACUUGAGCUGGCUGAUGCAAGAGAAAGGAGUGGAACUUACACUGAUGAAUCACGCAUAGCACAAUCAAAUUCAAAUUCAAAGGAUGCAUCUCAAUUUGGUCAGAACAAUGGAAACCAACUCGAUAUGAAUACAUCAAGUGGAAAUACAGGGGCCAUCCCAAAUGGGAAUUCAGAUGAUGUUCAAUCAUUUCCUUCAACUGGAAAUGCAUCAACUCAGAUCGACCAUGUUGCUGGUGUUCCAAUUUCUCCAUCUUCUCUACUUGGGAUGCCUUCCUAUCUUCCACCUGGACAGGUGACUGCUCUGCAUCCAUUUCUUAUGCAUCAACAAGGGGUACCCCAUUCAAUGCCCCCACAUGUUCCUCAGUCCCAUGUUGGGCAUUUUCACUCAGUACCUGCAAUGUCAUCUCAUCAACAGUGGCAGAACCAACAGGCUCCAUCGGAGGUUUUGCAGAUAUCUACACAAAUUGAACUUCCAUCGUCCCAAAAUGAUCAAAGCAUAAUAAGAUCAGAUGCAAAGUACAACUAUGAAACAUCUGUUAAUGGACAAUCACUUCAUCAAGACUAUUUGGAUGUUCAAAUUAACCAAGGCGCAGAGUCUGAUCCUGUAAUAUCGUCGUCCAGUGGGGAAGCACAGGUGCUCCAGUCAAUUGAUAGAGGUUUCUUGGUCUCAUCCCAACCUGAGCAGAGCUUGCAACAAAUUUCUUCCCAAUUCCACAAUUCUUUAAGAUUGGAUUCUCUUGAACAGAACAGUGAAACUAAGGCUUCGGAGCAAAAUGUUCAGACCUUGACUGGACAUGGCUUGGAGGGACAAGUUUUAACUACAGAACAACCAAUUUCUACCAGCAAUCUGUCAAAACCUGAUACUUCAAUCCCUUCAGUCAACCUCAUGGAAACCACAAUUAACAAUGCUGCUGGUGCAGUUUUGCCUGAAUUGUUUGCCUCAACUGGGCACACGAUUGCACCGGCAGUGGGAAAGACAUCGGAGACUGCGCUUCUUGAUGAAAGGUCAUUGUUGGCUUGCAUGGUUCGCACAAUUCCGGCUGGUGGUAGAAUUCGCAUCAGUUCAACGCUACCAAAUAGGCUUGGGAAGAUGCUUGCACCUUUACACUGGCAUGAUUACAAGAGAAAGUAUGGAAAGCUUGAUGACUUCGUGGCUAGUCAUCGCGAAUUAUUUGUGAUUGAGGGCGACUACAUUCAGCUUAGGGAAGGAGCACAGGAGAUGAUAGCAGCUACAGCUGCUGCUGCGAAAGUUGCUGCUGCUGCGAAAGCAUCAUCUCCUUACUCUUCAAGCUUGCCUUCUGUGGCUGUUACUCCAGUGGCACAGACUCACCGCUCAAGGAAGAUAUCAUCUCUUGAUUCCCAAAACGUGGUCAUUUCAACUGCUAAUGCAACUGAUAAUCACUUGCAGUCUGUAAAGCAGAAUCAUCAAUUAAAUGGUGUAUCCUUUGGUGUUCCUGGAGUUCUCUCAAAUGUAAAGAUUUUGAGCAAAUCUAAGGAAUCUUGGGAACUGAAUGGCCCUGAAACUAAGUCAAGCCAGUCAUCUGUGCUUUUGAAUGGUGGAAAUGGAGCAAUUCUGGAUAGAUCGAGUGCGAGCAGUACCCAGAGCUCAGGGUUGACCAAUGGCAGGUUGGGCUCGAAUCUUGUCGGGAAACAACAUGGCAGAAUGAGCAAUGCUGCUGCCUUUACUUCCAGAAGAUAGAGAGAGAGCAGGGAAAGGCUUUAUCUUAUUGUGGAUCAGUGCGCGGACAGAAGAUUAUUUUGGAAUGGCAACAGGAUUAUUAUGUGGAAGAAUGAAUACAUCCUCGUAGAUUGAAUGACCAUCAACCUUUUGCAUCUUGUAGAAUUCUCUGAUUGGAAACGUUUGCCCUCCUUUGUUUUGUUUUUUGUUUUGGGUUUAAAAGCCUGUUUUAUCAUACUCAACUGUA